GAUUGGGAAACGACUUUUCCCAGAGGGUACCGUAUUACGGUCUUGGACGUAACGCCUUCGACUAUGCAGGAGGUAGUGUUCCUGAAGGAGGUUUACAAACUCGAAUUCGAGAACUUGGCCGGCCUACACGGACGCCGGUUGCAGUUCCUGAACGAGGCGCGGCCGAGGGCCCGUUAUAUGUGGUGGACCUUUCUCAGCGCCAUUACCCAGCUGACCUGGAAGGGGUCGGUUGCAAGCCCCAACUCGUUAGUACAGAAAGAAGUCCUCAAGGGGACAAGGUACUGGGGCACUUACGGAAGAUACGUGAAGAAGAAUUUACUCCUCGGCUUUGUCAACGAGAUUGGACACGAAGUCAGCAGUAUCGCUGAGUCCAUCAUGGAACACGCCAUUGAGGAGGAGGGGGGAUCUGCCAAUCUAGUGCCUGACCAGUCAGGGCUAGUCGUCGUCGCGGGCCAAGUCGUCCGCCGGACACAAAAAUAUGAUGGCUUUGACUAUUAG